AAAGGCCGACGAGCGACGGAAUAAUCACCGCGGCGGCCCAGAGACGCAAAAGAUGCCGACCCGACACUGUGGUGGGACCCGGGAGCCGACACUCCAAACGGCAGCAACGCGCGCACCUCCGCCCGCCCUUAUCCCUCUCUCCUCCGGUCCUCCCUACCCGCAGUCCCGCAGCCAUGGCCUUCCUCUGCGCCAGGGCGGCGCCCGCGCUGCUCCCCCUACGCGGCAGAGGGCCACGCCGCUCCAGCGUCUCCUGCGCGGCGGCCUCGUCGUCGUCGUCCGGACAAGGUGCCGGGGGAGUGGAGUUGUUCCAGGGGAAGGUGGGGUUCUUGGGCCUGGGGAUCAUGGGCGCUCCCAUGGCCUCCAACCUCAUCAACGCCGGGUGCGAUGUUACGGUGUGGAACAGGACCAAGAGCAAGUGUGAUCCCCUCCUCAGCCUCGGUGCCAAGUAUGAGUCUUCCCCGGCCCAAGUUGCUUCGUCCUGCGAUGUGACCUUCGCGAUGCUUGCUGAUCCGGAAAGCGCGGUUGAGGUUGCAUGCGGGGCCAAUGGAGCUGCGGAAGGGAUGGCCCCAGGGAAAGGGUAUGUCGAUGUGUCGACAGUUGACGCUGCAACAUCUAAGUUCAUUGGCGAACAAAUUGCGAAUACUGGAGCAUCUUUCCUAGAGGCUCCAGUUUCAGGCUCGAAAAAGCCGGCUGAAGAUGGGCUGCUGAUCUUUCUUACUUCAGGUGACGAGUCCUUGUAUAAGAGAGUGGCACCGCUCCUUGAUGUCAUGGGCAAGUCAAGAUUUUAUCUCGGAGAUGUUGGCAAUGGUGCAGCAAUGAAGCUCGUGGUUAACAUGGUCAUGGGAAGCAUGAUGGUUUCCUUCUCAGAAGGGCUGCUCUUGAGUGAAAAGGUCGGCUUAGAUCCGAAUACUCUCGUCGAGGUUAUCUCACAAGGUGCUAUCAGUGCACCCAUGUUCUCUCUGAAGGGCCCAUCCAUGGUUAAAGCUGCCUAUCCUACCGCCUUUCCUCUGAAACAUCAGCAGAAGGAUCUGAGGCUUGCAUUGGCCUUGGCAGAAUCGGUGUCCCAGUCCAUUCCUACCGUUGCAGCUGCGAACGAGCUGUACAAGGCUGCGAAAUCCCUGGGCCUCGCUGACCAGGACUUCUCGGCGGUUAUUGAAGCGCUGAAAGCCAAAGUGCAGAGCUCGCAGCAGUAGCUGUUGUCUGUUCAGUUGUCACUGAGGUGGCAUUUUGUCUUGUAACCGAUUGUGAAGUUGCAACUUGGGAAUUUCUCAAGAUCACUACAGAGUUGUGCUUGUUUUACAUACACUGAACAAUGAGAAUUUUGGAUUGAUGAUAGUAGGCUUGCAAGUCAGCAGCACCACA